CUAUCUAGGUAUCUUGGUGUAACCUUUCUCUAAUUCAUCCAUCCCAAAUAUGGAAGUCCCGGAAGCGGCUGCCCGUGGCUCAGCUGAGUGACAGCAGGGGAGCGACGGGGGCACACGACCAGACCGCGCAUCUCGCUUUUCCUAAAGAAAACGUGAGAGUAAACCCCGGAACCCUUGUCAGAGGUAGUAUUUCGGACCGUUGUCAUGGAAGCCCUGGUUGAGCGUCUGGAGCAGGCAGUGAUUCGUCUGGAGGCGGUGGCGAUCAAACUGCAGAACUGUCCUGGGGGUUUGGUCAAUGGGGACAUCAGCAGCAUGAUCAACGGAGGUGAAUCCGAAAGCAUGGAGGCGUUCGAUCAUUUGCUGAAUGGCUCAGUGUCUGAAUAUUUGAGAACCAGCACAGCUAUUGGUGGAGAUGUGGCAAAGCAUGCAGAGAUGGUGAACAAUGCCCUGCAUGUCCAGCGAGCUUUCCUCAAGAUGGCCAUGACACACCAGGAGCCAGCAAAGACAGAGAUGGCUGACCUCCUCAGACCCCUCUCCGGCCAGAUCCAGGAGAUCCAGAAUUUCCGGGAGAAGAAGCGUGGCAGCAGUCUGUUCAACCACCUGUCUGCCGUGAGCGAGAGCAUCCCCGCUCUGGGCUGGGUGGCCGUGUGUCAGAAACCAGGGCCGUAUGUGAAGGAGAUGAACGAUGCCGCAAUUUUCUACACAAACAGAGUCCUUAAAGAUUACAAAGACACAGACCCCCGUCAUGCUGAGUGGGUGCGUUCCUAUCUAAACAUCUGGACUGAACUUCAGACCUACAUCAAGGAGCACCACACAACUGGACUCAUCUGGAGCAGGACUGGUCCUGUAGCCCCUCCCUCGCUGUUCAGUGCUCCCUCUGAUGGUACCUGCGCUCCUCCACCUCCUCCUCCACCACCAUGUCCUCCUCCAGUGUUCAUGGAUAACAGCCCUAAAUCCGAGGACACAUCAGCCCAGCAUUCAGCUCUGUUUGCACAGCUCAACCAGGGAGAGGCCAUCACUAAAGGUUUAAAACAUGUGUCUGACAAGCAGAAGACCCAUAAGAACCCUAACUUGCGCUCGGGAGGAAGGACACACCAGGCAUCUCCAGCCAAAAGUCAGAACCCCGGCUCGUCUGCCUGUGCAUCUGCCAAGAAACAUUCCCCCGUGCUGGAGCUGGAAGGAAAGAAGUGGAGGGUGGAGCAUCAGCAGCGGUCUCAGGACCUGGUGAUAGAGGAGACCGAGCUCAGACAGGUGGUUUAUGUCUUUAGCUGUAGCAACUCCACGCUCCAGAUCAAAGGCAAAGUCAACUCCAUCAUAGUGGAUAAUUGUAAGAAGCUCGGACUCGUGUUUGACAGUGUGGUUGGCAUCGUCGAGAUCAUCAACUCCAGAGACAUUCAGCUUCAGGUGAUGGGAAAAGUUCCUACUAUUUCCAUUAACAAGACUGAGGGGUGCCAUGUCUACUUGAGCAAGGAUUCACUUGACUGUGAGAUUGUCAGUGCCAAGAGCUCCGAGAUGAACGUCCUUGUUCCUGAGGGAGAAGAUGAUUAUAGGGAGUUUCCAAUCCCAGAGCAGUUUAAAACGGUUUGGGACGGCUCCAGUCUGGUGACAGAGCCCGCAAAGAUUGCUGGUUGAUUCCUUUUGCAGUUUUGUCAUCUCUUUCCUUUUACCCAGAAUUCUUCAUGCACUUUCACUGUAUCACACUGUUAGAUGAGACGUAAGAAUUCAUACAUUGUGGUAGUGUGAAUUGUAGAUUAAGGCUCUUAAAAUUCAAAUUAAGAGCAAAAUAUGGACAAACAAGUGUCAUUUUCAAAAUAUAUGAAUAAUUAUGCAUAAAAAAUACACAGGAUGACAACAUUAUGUAGUUCAGUCAGCAACUCAAAGUAAAACUCCAAGUAAAAUAAUAAAUAAACAAUUACAUUUUUU